GGAUUCUCUCCUUAGCGGUUGCCCAGAACAUGGCAACUCCUGGCCCUGCGACCCCGGAGGCACCCUUUGAACCGUCGCACCCCCCAGUCAUUGAGGGCUUUAGCCCCACUGUGUACAGCACUUCGGAAAGCUUCAAGGAGAAGUUUAUUCGCAAGACCCGCGAGAAUCCAAUGGUACCCAUAGGCUGCCUGGGCACAGCGUCUGCCCUUACCUAUGGUCUCUACUGCUUCCACCGGGGUCAGAGCCAGCGCUCCCAGCUCAUGAUGCGCACCCGAAUCGCCGCCCAGGGUUUCACGAUAGUAGCCAUCUUGGUGGGUCUGGCUGCAUCCACCGUGAGAUCUCGACCCUGAGGGCAAUGGCCUGGCCUUGAAAACUCUGCGGAGAUCAGACCCAGCCCCAGGAGCAGCCACCAGUCCUGCCACCGGAAUUGUUUCCUCAUCUCCCCUGACAGGCCUCUGUAUGGGUUGGGGCAGAAGUGGCCAAUUGUGUGACUGACAGAUGAGAUUUUUUCCCAGGAAUCUCAGGUUCGGUUCAGUUGUAAUGCACCAUCUCCACUCUUUACUUAAUAAACGCUGAUCCACUUGU